AUGACACUCGAACAGCUUGAAGCCAACCAAGUUUCAAUGAGGACAGACAUUGACUCUAUACAGGCAAAGAUGGAUCAUUUACUUGAGACCAUGUUGCUCUUAGCCCAGAAGGAGAAGGAUGUCGAGACUAGCACCGAAGCCAGAAGAGUUGCUGCUCAAUUUGGAUCACCAUCGCUUAGCAUCCCUGGAGAGACUGACCUUAAUGGUAAUCUUGCCCAGCCCAGAGGAGGACCGAUCCCCAUCCCUGUUCCCAUGGUCAACAUGAACCCCCAUGAGCAUUCUGCUACAUCUACUCGACACGGAUCUGUGAUAGGUGAUGAAGAUCCAUAUGACGCCUUCUUCAUGCCACAACCAGCCAAACCUGCUAUUGGAGAUCUCCCGGACCCAGCUGUUGAGAGACUCCAUGCUCUGGAAGAGAAAUUCAAGUCCUUUGAGGUUCACACUACUCCCCGUUUGGACGCUGUCGACAUGUGCUUGGUACCAGGUUUGGUGAUUCCGCAAAAAUUCAAAGUCCCGAACUUUGACAAGUACAAAGGGAUUAGUUGCCCAAGAACUCACCUCAGAGCUUACUACCGCAAGGUGGAUGCCCAUAUCCGUAAUGAUCAACUCCUGAUUCAUUACUUCCAAGAUAGUCUCAGUAGGGCAUCUUUGGAGUGGUAUAUGCAGCUAGAGAGAGGUCAGGUCCAAUCUUGGAGAGAUCUCGUUGAAGCCUUCCUUAGGCAUUACCAGUACAAUACUGAUCUAGCACCCAAUGCCAUAAUGGAAGGAGGAGGAUAUAGGGCACGUCCAUAUUGUCCUAUGCCUUAUCACCAGGUCGCCGCUGUCAUCUCAACACCAUAUCAACCAACAUAUCAGCAACCCUAUCAACAACAAUAUCAGCAGCCUUAUCAAAAGCCAACUUAUCAGCAACAACAUCAGAAUCAACAACAACGUGCUCCACCACAACUAUGUCCGAUUUAA